AUGGGCCUAUCUGUGUAUGGAGAGUAUUCAUUCGACGAGACUGAUAUCGCGAGCACAGCAGAUGUGUCUCUACCCCUCCCGCGUCCAUUUGACUCGACCGCGUGUUCUCUCCAUCAUCUGGCACAACAGCAGCACCUGCUGCUCGCGCUGCAACAGCUACAGUCUUCCCAAAGUCGGCGUCUGCUGCAGGAUGCAACGGUGGAGGCUCUGUUUCAGGCCACUCAGUCUGGCUUAAUCGCUGAAGAGGUUGACCGAUCCAUCAAGUUCGGCCGACUAGCGGAAGUAACCGUCAAGCUAAAGUUCACCAAUCGGGGGGCGUCAUCUGUCUCUACUGUGUUUAUAUUGUUACCUUAUUCUGAGGCUACACAGCUCGGAUGGAUAACUGCAUCAACUGAGAAUGGAAAACAACUAGCACUGCAGUCAGUGGUGCCCCCGCUCCCUAGCAUAUCUACUCUACGUUGGGAAGACUGGGGUCGGACGCGGCUGCUCUUAGAGCAAACAGAACGCCACCUCAAGAAGUCCAGCGAGGGAGAAGGCAAAGCCUUUGUCUCUCCUUGCUGGCCUCAUCUCUUUCGCUUGCAGCUAAAAGAGCCUUUGCCUGUCUCUAAAUCUGUAACACUAACUGUGUCUUACGUUCUCGGCCGUCCCUACCGUCCUUUGCCUCGUUCUUUAGACCUUGAUUCGAUUCAGUCUGUGGUGUUCGCGACCUCCUCAAACUGGCCUCUACCCUAUAAGACGUUGCGAAGCGCUUUGUCCAUACAGCUUCCCCCCCAAACAACUCUUGGAGAAGCGGGAGAACAACACAUGCGGAAGAAGUCAUUUCGCAGGAUUUCGGAAGCGGUGUGGAAGUGGGAGUCUACCGACCCAAUUGACCCCCUGAAGGUUGCGCAGCCAUUUGCCGUCAUCUUCCCCCUACCUGUACAUCUCGGUUAUGUCUUGUCGAUGGAACGGUUGCUGGUUGCCCCUCUCAGCGGAUCUGCGGUCUUCACGGACCUCUACAAAGUCCACAACGAUGCUGCACUGCAGGAGGGUCCAUUCAACCCGAUCACCAUAGCAUUGCUGCAAGGGCUGCCGCCAGGUAUUUCCAGGCUAGCCGCGAAGAGCAAGGAUGUUCCGCGAGGUGAACGCGUGCCAACGCAUGUGUUGUUCGAGUUGCAUGCAACACUGCCUCCUGAUGUUUUCAACCUAGAUGUGGGGGAUUCAGCAGGGAACUUGACGAGCACAUUUGCAGCCCGGGAUGGUCCUAAGGAAGCUCCUCUUUCCACGCACCUUGAGGUGUGGCCUAGGUUUCCGGUGCUUGGGGGGUGGAAUUUUGAUUUAAAGGUAUCUUAUGACAUGCCAGUUAGCUCUUUGAUGCUGCAGCAGGAGCAAAAGGACGGCCUUAUCUCCUUGAACAUUCCACUGGAACCGCCCUUCCUGGAUGUGUACACUGAGAAUAUUUCACUCACCGUUGCCCUGCCGACCGGCGCUACUAACAUCCAAUAUUCAUCGCCGAUCGAUUUUGAAUCCGUGGAAGAGACCACCGUAAAGUGGUGGCUCGAUGUUGUCACGUGGAGGCCGGCUCUGCAAGUGAAGUGGCACUCUGCUUCUCCUACUCCACCUCAGCACACCAGGCGCUAUUUGACAGUGACUUUCGAUUACCCGUACUUUGUAGAUUCAGAACACGUAAAAAUGGCGUUUGUUUUGCUUCUCAUUGUACUCAUCAUCGCUGCAGCCAUUACCCUGUACCGGUGGAAGCUGAGACUCUCCACUACGGAGGAGGCGACAGCUGCAACACUUCGUGGCGCAUUUGGGCACGUGAAGAAAGAACUGUUGCGCAAGACAGAGGCAAUCAUUUGUGAAGGGCGCCUGUAUCUGGAGUCUGUGGCUACUGCUAGGGGGGCGAAUCCGCAGGCAAGUUUGAAUCAGAGGAAGACGCAAGGGCAGGAGAAACGGUGGAAGGAAAGUAUGCAUCAACAUGCGGAAGAUAUUCUUGCUUUAUUAGAGACGGUCCCCGAGGCCAGCUCAUCAGUCAUCGCCUUCAAGAAGGCCCUAGAAAAACACCGUGAAGCGGUACAGGCGCUUACGACCGCCUUGCCCAGCGAUUGCAAGGAGAAGGUUGAAGAAGCUUAUCAGAAAGUCGAAGCAUCCGCCGAGCAUCUGCGGGAGUUGGCCAAGGGUUGGGAGGGCUCGAAUUUGAAGCAGCACGAGGCUUAA